AUGCCCACCGAGAAGGGCUACCCAGCGUGUGAUUGCGUGUGUGUCCAGCCUGAAUUCCACUGCGGAGACCCUCAGUGCCAGAGCUGCAGCCACCACCCCUGCCCACCUGGCCAGCAGGUGCGACCCCAGGGGCAAUUCAAGUUUGGUUUCGAGUGUGUGGACUGUGCCACGGGGACCUUCUCCAGUGGCCGUGACGGCCACUGCAAGCCUUGGACAGACUGCACCCAGUCUGGGUUCCUCACUGUGUUCCCGGGGAACAAGACCCACAAUGCCUUGUGCAUCCCGGAGCUGCCACGCCCAGAGCCCCAUGGCCAGCCAGCCGGCAUCCUCCUCACCAUGGCUGCCUGCAUCCUUGUGCUGAGUGCAGCCCACCUCGGCCUGCACAUCUGGCAGCUGAGGAGGCAGUCCCUGUGGCCCCCCCCUGCACACCCCUCGCUGCUCCUGGAGAUGCCACCGCCCACAGAGGACACCUGCAGCUGCCAGUUCCCCGAGGAGGAGCGUGGAGAGGGGUCGGUCCUCAGAGCCCCCCCACGGGAGGCUGGCGGCUCCGGACCUUCUCCAGAAAGCAGCAUUCCGCAGGCGCUGCCAGCUGACUCAGCGCGGAAACUCCUCGCGGGCCCCGCGGGGGUGAAGGCCGUGAUCCUCCGCUGGGGGCGGGCGCUGACGCUGGGGCCGGGGGAGAUUCCGCGGCAGCGAGGCUCGGGCCCCGAGAGCUCCUGGCUGCCUUUGCUGCGCCAGUGGCUGAUCACGUCACUGAACACUGGGGAGCCUCUUGUCCUCGCCAGAUACCUAGUGACCCUAGUCUGCCUCUCCUGGUGGCCCGUGCUUUCUGGCCCCAUG